UUUAUUCAUUUACUCGCAACGAAAUUACCAGUAAGAUACAGCUGCUCUCUCUUCUCUCUAGAUCGCAAUUUCAUUUCGGUAAUCUUCCCUUCCAAUUUAAUUCUUCUGUUCGUAAACCCUAAUUCUACUUUUGGGUUGUGGAAUCCGGUCUCGUGUUUACUCUAAUGGCUACUGAGGAACCGGUCGUACCGGUGGAGUCUGCUGCGGAGCCGACCAGCGCCGAAGCAGCAGAAGAGAACCCGCCGAACAAGGCUGCCAAGUCGAAGAAGUCUAAAGAGCCUAAAGAGAAGAAGCCUGCUGCUCCUCGAAAACCUAGAAAUCCUCCAACUCAUCCUCCCUAUGAAGAGAUGAUUAACGAUGCGAUUGUCACGUUGAAGGAGAGGACAGGUUCGAGUCAGUAUGCGAUCACGAAAUUCAUCGAGGAGAAGCAGAAGCACCUUCCUUCAAAUUUUAAAAAGCUCUUGUUAUUCCACUUGAAGAAACUUGUAGCUUCCGGGAAGUUAGUGAAGGUUAAGAGCUCGUUCAAGCUUAAGCCGGCGAAGUCAGCAGUUGUAAAACCCCCUUCACCUGCGAAGAAGAAGCCAGCAGCUGCCAAGCCGAAACCCAAAGCGGCCGCUAAGACUAAGGCUGUGGCUAAAUCUCCUGCGAAGCCGAAAGCAGCAGCGAAGCCAAAGCCUAAGACGGCUGCCAAGCCCAAGGCUGCUCCUAAACCAAAACCUGCUCCAGCCAAAUCAAAGAGCAGUGCUGUUGCGAAGCCCAAAGCUGCAACGAAGACUAAAGCCGCUCCCAAGCCGAAAGCCAAGGAGAAGCCUGCCAAGGUGGCAAGAACGUCGACGAGAACCUCACCGGGGAGGCGGGCACCGGCUCCGAAACCGGCGCCGAAGAAAGCACCGGCGGCUAAAAAGGCCCCGGCGAAAAGUGUUAAAGCUAAGAAAGUGAAAUCGCCGGCGAAGAAGGCUCCGGCCAAAAGAGGGAAGAAGUAAAGGGGGUAGGAGGAACAUAGCAUUUGUAGCGGUCCUGUAAAUCCGUUAUCCGUGUGGGUGUAUAGACCCUUACAUGCCGUGCUAUAGAGGAGUUUUAAUUUGAGACUUCAAAUUUUCUUUUAUUUGUUUAUUUGUAGAAGGCGACCUUUUCUCCCCCAAGAUGAUGUAUCGCUCAGCUUAGUUUUUAAUGGAUAAAUUCUGUGAUCAAUUAGGAGCGUCGAAACAGUUCUCACCCUGUGAUCUCCACGGCCAAUACGAACGGCAUCAAUUACCAGGAAACUUUUCGUUUCUCGUACGCUAGAAUUGGAUAUGGAUUGGGUAACUGAAGUUUGAAGCUUCGUUUUUAAGCUUGGUAAA